UUUGUUGGAUAACUGUGGAAGAAGUUGGAGACUGAACUGAAUUAAUGAAAACGUUUUAGUUAAUUUGAUACUACUUUGUACCCAACUAUUUAAAAAAAUAUAUAUAUAUAUAUAUAUAUUACAAUGUUACCUCGCAGGCUGGACAUUGGAAUGCCACGGACUAAUGCAGCAAGAAGCGGUUCUUUAGUUAAUUUGAGGCCGCGUGUAAAUACAGCUUCCUUAAGAAGGCAUUCAGCAGUUCUACCAUCGGUGUUGACGUUCGCAGUGAUUGUAGCGUCUGGCGGCCUCCUCUUGAUGAUCGAAAAGGGGAUGCUCAACCACAUGGACACCCCGCCACCCCGGGGUACUGGGGUCAGAUCUGAUUUCAUAAGGAACACAAGGAAGCAAGAUCCAAACGUGGAUACAGAAUCUCAGAUUGUUCAAGAAAUACGCAAUCGUACUAUCCGCACCAUGUGCGGUCAGAAGAACAUGCCCCACAGCAUUUGGACACUUCCUCCAGUACAAAGAAGGACUGUUCUUCAGCAUAUUUUAGUCAGCGACAAGCACAAGUUCCUGUACUGUUAUGUGCCUAAAGUUGCCUGCUCCAAUUGGAAACGUGUUGUAAAAGUCCUUAAUGGGGCUUUGGAGAAUGUGGAUGUAAAGAUAAAGAUGGAUCACAAGAAUGACUUGGUCUUUCUCGCAGACUUGAAACCAGAGGAAAUCAAAUACAGGUUAAAAACUUACUUUAAAUUUAUGUUUGUGAGAGACCCCAUGGAAAGGCUUUUGUCAGCCUACAGGAACAAGUUUGGAGAGAUUGAAGCUUACCAGAAGAGGUAUGGUGUAGAGAUAAUCAAAAGGUACAGAAAGAAUCCUGGAAAAACUAAUGGAGACGAUGUUACAUUUGCUGAAUUUCUACACUACUUGCUAGAUGAGGAUGUGGAGAAAAUGAAUGAGCACUGGAUGCCCAUUUACAAUUUAUGCCAGCCAUGUGCUGUAACAUAUGAUUUUAUCGGAUCUUAUGAAAGACUUCACCAGGAUGCCCAGCAUGUUCUUCAGCUAAUUGGGGCACCUGCCCACAUUCAGUUUCCAGAAAGACAAACAUGGUAUAAACCAGUCACCACACAAACUCUGCAUUACUACCUGUGUAACAUACCACAAAGGCUUUUAAGAGACCUAUUACCAAAAUAUAUUUUAGACUUUUCAUUAUAUACUUAUCCAUUUCCCAAUACAACAAGUGCAUUUUGCAGACAUUAACAGAGAUGGGAGCAUAAAUAUUUGCGACCAAAAUAUUUGACGAAUCACACUCAUAAAACCUAUUUUGCUCCAGAAAUGUUGGCGACCUGUUGCAAUAUUACAAAGUAUGUAUUGUUAGUGGAAUACGAUAUUCGUGCCAAAAAUGUUUGCAUUUUUUUUCAUACACGAAAAAUGCAUAAUAAAAGGCUCAAAAAUAUUUAUGGCUUCACAGUAUUGCAAUUAAUUUUAAGUCUUUUUAUAUAUGGUACCAAAUAGCAUUUUAAACUAAAAUAACUUUUUAAACUAGGUAAAGAACUGUUACUGUUUUAACCAAAAGUUUUGCCCAGUAUUUAUGCAAACAUAUUUUCAAGUCGAACUCCCUUAUAAUCUUUAAAACAAAGUAUUUUUUAUUCCUGAUGACAUUUCUUGUAAUACUCAUGUAAUUAAUUAUAAGGAAAAAGCAAACUGGGGACAGAUAGCCACUGUUUACCGACCUAACCCUCCCUCCCCCCGGACGACGCUCAGCCAGUUGAGCGCCGCCCCCUGGAAGCUCCCGUCCACGGUCGGCUGUGGAAUAGCCUGGACUCGAACCGGCGACGUCCAGGCUAUAGAGCGCAUCCUGCACUCUAGCGAGUGCUUUUACUGGAUGCGCCACUCGGGAGCCCCAUUGUAAUACAUUUUUUAAAAUCAUUUUAUCAAUAUGAUGCAAUCGCUGAUUUAACAAGGAGCGGUUGGAGGUAUGCGAACUUGUGUCUGUUUGAAAUCUCUGGAAGAGCUGGUUGUAAAUACAGACCAUUUUUAUACUUUAAUAAAGAUUCUGAUGUUUUAAAAUGCUAUGUAUGUUUAACAUGGAUUAAAGUUACAAUUACUUUUUUUUUAAUACAUCAAACUGUUUCUGUGAAAUUACUGAUACUUGGCCAGUUCUGUACCUAUCCAUUGUGUUUCAGCAUCUGUCAAAACACAAGAACUGAGGAAAGAAGCCAACACUAUUCCUUUUGUGUUUUAAUAUUUCACUUUCUGUUCAGACAGACAGACCUAUGAGUGCCCAGUUAGACUUAAGCCAGAACUAUACAUAUUUCCAUAUUCUGUGCUGGGCAUGUCUUAAUAAUGGAAGCACCCAGGGGAUGCACAGGCAUUCCAUCCACUCUUACACAGUCCACUAGCACAACGUUUCUCAAAUGCAGCCACCAGCGGGAUUUUGAGCCUCCCAACAGCUCCUCUCUUCAACCUUUACUCAAUUGGGACCGCUAUCCAAAUUUCAUUCAUCACACAGUCCAUGCUUCUUGCAUUCAAAUUCCUCAUACUGCUUCUGUUUCUAUUAGCUGCUAUUGGACAGCGUUACUGCCAGUAUAAUAACUGGAUGCGAUUUAAAAAAACAAAAAAAACCUGCUGCUGUGUAAAAAACAUCUACCCUUAUAUGUAAUAACCUCCCACUAAAUGUAAAUAACUCACAAUGUGUAAAAAGUCUAUCCCUAUUUGUAAAAAGUUACCCCUAUAUGUAAAACACCUCCGCCUACAUGUAAAAAGGUAUUUGUUUUUUAUUGGUAUAGCAGUUAGUGUUUAAGUUGAGAGUUGUUCAUAGUUUUGAAUGGUUUUACAUUUAGGGGCAAAGAUCAUUUUUACAUUUAGGGGGAAGCAAGAUUUUACAUUUAGAGGCAGAUGAUUUUACAUAUAGGGGUUGUACAAGGUACAUUAUUACUCGAAAAUGCUUCACGCUUUCAAAACACUUGCAAGGUAAAUGUUACGUACAGUGAUCAAUGUUUUGUUUUGUUGUGAUCCUAUUUUCUGUUAUGACAGUAAUAGACGAAAAAAAAAACCUCAGCAUUUUGGUUUUCUUUGUACAAUGCCCCCUUUUUGUACAUUUAUUUUUUGAAGAGUUUAUUUCACCAAGAACAAGAAGAAGAAUUGUGAGGAAGGUUAACAACAAUCUGAGAUUGACUGCCAAAGAUAUUCAAAGUGAAUUGGCUACAAGUGGGACUGGGGUUUCCAUUUCAACCAUAGGUCGAGUAUUGCACAAGAGAAGUACUCAGAAUUUGAAUGAACUGGAACAUUUUUGUGUUAAAGACUGGUCAAAAAUCACUAAAGAAUCAUGCCAAAAGCUCAUUGACAAAUAUCCUAAUCGUUUAAAAGAGGUUAUUAUUGCUAAAGGUGCCUCAACUAGCUAUUCAUUUCAUUUUCCUUGUCGGUAUGAAUACUUUUGAAUUAGCAUUUUUUGAGUUUUGCAAAAAAAAAAAAAAAAAAAAGGAGAUCUAUUUCUUGUAACGUUUUUUCCUCAUUCACAAAAGCAAAACUUUUGUUACAAAAGAUUUUUCCUAUAAUUCUUUGUUUGAGAAAUGUCUAGAAAUGGUACAUUUCCAUUGGGGUAUGUAAACUUAACUACAACUCACACAAACAGUAACAAAAUGCUUUAGAACCAUCAAAACAAUAUUUUAUACACAGUACUUCUGUUUGAGUAAAAUGUUUUCAAACAUAUGGUUGCUUUAGAUAUUAAAUUCAGUAAUAAGAACAUAAGAACGUAAGAAAGUUUACAAACCAGAGGAGGCCAUUCAGCCCAUCUUGCUCAUUUGGUUAUUAGUAGCUUAUUGAUCCCAGAAUCUCAUCAAGCAGCUUCUUGAAUGAUCCCAGGGUGUCAGCUUCAACAACAUUACUGGGGAGUUGGUUCCAGACCUUCACAAUUCUCUGUGUAAAAAAGUGCCUCUUAUUUUCUGUUCUGAAUGCCCUUUUAUCUAAUCUCCUUUGUGACCCCUGGUCCUUGUUUCUUUUUUCAUGUCAAAGAAGUCCCCUGGGUCGACAUUGCCUGUACCUUUUAGGAUUUUGAAUGCUUGAAUCAGAUCACCGCGUAGUCUUCUUUGUUCAAGACUAAAUAGAUUCAAUUCUUUCAGCCUGUCUGCAUACGACAUGCCUUUUAAACCCGGGAUAAUUCUGGUUGCUCUUCUUUGCACUCUUUCUAGAGCAGCAAUAUCCUUUUUGUAACGAGGUGACCAGAACUGAACACAAUAUUCUAGGUGAGGUCUUAAUAAUGCAUUGUAAAGUUUUAACAUUACUUCCCUUGAUUUAAAUUCAGCACUUCUCACAAUAUAUCCGAGCAUCUUGUUGGCCUUUUUAUAGCUUUCCCACAUUGUCUAGAUGAAGACAUUUCUGAGUCAACAUAAACUCCUAGGUCUUUUUCAUAGAUCCCUUCUUCAAUUUCAGUAUCUCCCAUAUGAUAUUUAUAAUGCACAUUUUUAUUGCCUGCGUACAAUACUUUACACUUUUCUCUAUUAAAUGUCAUUUGCCAUGUGUCUGCCCAGUUCUGAAUGCUGUCUAGAUCAUUUUGAAUGAGCUUUGCUGCUUCAACAGUGUCUGCCACUCCUCCUAUUUUUAUGUCGUCUGCAAACUUAACAAGUUCGCUUACUAUACCAGAAUCUAAAUCUUUAAUGUAGAUUAGGAAUAGCAGAGGACCUAAUACUGAUCCCUGUGGUACACCACUGGUUACCUCCCUCCAUUUUGAGGUUUCUCCUCUAAUCAGUACUUUCUGUUUUCUACAUGUUAACCACUCCCUAAUCCAUGUGCAUGCAUUUCCUUGAAUCCCUACUGCGUUCAAUUUGAGAAUUAAUCUUUUAUGCAGGAGUUUGUCAAAAGCUUUCUGCAAAUAUAAAUAAACCAUGUUUUAUGCUUUGCAAUUAUCCAUUGUCAAUGUUGCAUCCUCAAAAAAAUCAAGCAGGUUAGUCAGACACGAUCUCCCUUUCCUAAAACCAUUCUGACUGUCUCCCAGGAUAUUGUUACCAUAUAGGUAAUUUUCCAUUUUAGAUCUUAUUAUAGUUUCCAUAAGUUUACAUAUAAUAGAAGUCAGGCUUAUUGGUCUGUAGUUACCUGGUUUGGUUUUGUCUCCCUUUAAUGUGUAAGUACAAGCUGAUGCAAAUACUGGUGCAAGUGGGUGUCAUAUAGUCUAGCAUGGUCGAGAGUUGUGAGGUUUACAGAUGCUGUCUGAACAGGUGUGUCUGGAGGA